UGCUCAACCAAGUGACGCGCGUUCUAAAUCAAAGAUGGCUUCAGCUGACAAAAAUGUAGUGGGGUUACUAAAUGGAUUGGCACGAAGGGAAUAUUUCGGAGAAUCGGAAAUCACUGACGACUUCCUACACCAAGAACUUUUUCCCGACCUAGGAAGAGAGCAAUUUGAUGCAAUGCUGUCGAGAUACGAGAAUUUAAUGCGAAAUAUUGUAUCUGCGGAUAUGGAUUUCAAUCAACUCGAAGCCUUUCUGACAUCUCAGACGAGACGAAAACAAGGCUCACUGACCCAGGAACAAGCUGCAGCGUUUUUAAAGUUCUGGAAAUCGCAAAAGGUAAAAAUCCACGACGUCUUGGUCCAGAGAUCGUCGUGGAAUAACAGAUUGAAGGACAUCAGCUGGAGGAUUGAUCUGAAGAGCCAGGGGAGACAUCUUCAACAGAUCAACACACCUGUAGCUAUCGUGGAGAUGCAGGUUGAGAAACGAUCAACUGAGAAUAAGGAAACGGAUGUUUUCCAGUUUGAAAUGGAUGAAUCUCAGCUCUCAAAUAUCCUCUCAAGUAUUGAUGAAAUUGAAAAGAAACUCACAAGUUAUGCCCAGUGAAUUUUUCACAUUCUCUCAAUCAGAGAGUAGUGAUACUGAUACAUAAAUGACUACCCACAAAA